GGCAUGAUGUUCGUAAAUCAGCUCAAGAGACAAGUGAGUCAGGGAGACCUUGAAGUGACAUCACGCCGCCAGGAUCGAGUCAGCCACUUGCCAAUCCGGGGGAUCUGAUCAUGACACGCCUCCAAUAAUAGACCUGAAAAACCCUCGACUUAUCGACUGACUCGCAUCAUGUUCCGCAGUUCCAGUCAAACGUUGUCCCGCUCAUGGCUUCAACGGGCAUCGCCGCGGCACUCGCCCCGACCCAAGACGGCUGUCACUCCCGGUCGCGGUCAGGCCACGGGCCCAUCGGCGCCAUCCCCAGCCAAAAGUGGGAGUGGUAAGGUCUGGAUUGGACUGACAUUAUCCUCGUUGGCCGUCGUCGGCGGGGGCGUGGCCUAUGCCGGCCAAGAUGCGGAUUUUCGACGUCUAGCCGAAGAAACUGUACCGGGCGCGUCGAGCUUGUUGUCUCUAGCCUUGGGCCAGCCGGACACGCCCAAUCAGGUUGGAUCGGCCCAGGUGAAGCCCUCGUUACCCGUGACCACCACGCCCCCGAGUAAGAAACGCUCGAUCCCCCCCGUAUCCGAGGUCAAACCUAAGACAGAGACCACGGGGGUGGCCGCCCCACCCGCUCCGCCUUUGGAGAAACCCAGUUUUUUGAAUGAGAAACCCCCGCCGGAGGCACCUGCCCCUCCGAUUGAACCCGCUAAACCGCCCCAGCCACCGCCCCCGCCCCCGGCCGAAAACGCUCCCGAACCAGCGGUAGCUGAGCCCCCUGCCCCUCAGGCUGGGGCUAUUAAGGCUGCACCGGCGGUGACGCGUGAGGUUCCGCCCGAAGCGCCCGUGGACCGUGAGUCGGUGCGGGUAGGCCAAGACCUUCACCGCCGGUUGGGCCUGCUUCGGGAGGAAAUGGAAUCCGAAAUGAAGCACCAAUUAAAGCGUCAAUCCGAGGCUCACACUGAUCAUUUGACCGAUGCCCUGGACGUGCAAAGACGGGAGCUCACCCGGACUUUUGUGCGCGAAUUAGACGAGACCCUGGAAUCCGCCACGCUCAAGCAACGUGAGGAGUUAGCCGGCAUCGUGGGACAUUUGAAGGGCUUACAAAUGGCUUUGGAGGCCCGAUCUAGCAUGGACAUGGCGGCCUUAGAGGCCCAGGAGCUGUGGUUGGCCUGUUCGUCCUUGGAAGCCGCCCUUAAUGAUAGUCAGUGGUUGGCCGAAGUUCGUCCCUUGAAGCGCGAACUGGAUUACAUCAAGGACUUGCUGAAAACGGGCGUAGCUGAUGAGUAUGUCAAGACCGUUAUGGACGCCAUUCCCGCGCCCGUGGCUGAUCGGGGCGUGUUCACCGAGAGCUCUAUUCGAGAACGGUUUCUCCGCGUGGAGACCAUGGCCAAACGCACGGCUCUGAUGGGCGAAGAGGGCGGCUCCAUGGUCACCUAUCUGCUGAGCUAUUUGCAAAGCUUGUUCAUCCUCAGUCCCGCCACCACCAGCAUGCCCAGCAAGUUCAACGAGGUCCAGGUGGACGACCUGAGCACGUUUGAUAUCGUCUGGUUGGCUCGAGCCGCAUUGGAUCGCGGCGACUUGGAGCAGGCCGUGAAAUACAUGAACUUGUUGCAGGGCCAACCCAAAUUGGUAGCCCAAGAUUGGAUCCAUGAGGCCCGCAUCUUGCUGGAAACCAAGCAAGCCUCGCGGGCCUUGAUCCUCCAUGCAGCGGCCAUUGGCGUGGAGGCUUUGCCCCAAAGACCCAAAUAGACCUCGCCAGGCGGAAUUCUGGAGGCCCAAAUACAAUUAAAAAUAGUGAUCCAUUUGGACAUAACAUCUCCUCCAAUCGGCUCGUCACAUUCAGGCGUUAUCAAUAAAGGAUUAAAUUUA